AGCCACAAACAGAGAUUUUAAUACUCCAUCUCUUCCUCCCUUCCUCUGCCUGUCUUCUUCAUCUGAAACGUCAAUGGAGUUUAUAAACUACGUCCCCAAUGGUGGCCUUGCUGCAGCACUAAAUGCCAACUUAUAUGGAAAUGGAACUCAAACCUUGGUCCUUUCCUAUGGCUAUGGUUUGGACCAAAAUGUUUGGCACCUCCUCCUUCCUUACCUUGUUUGUUGCUUCAAGGUCCUGACUUUUGACUUGGCUUUCUCACCAAAUGUCAGCCCCGAUUUCUACAAACCAAGCAAGUACUCAACACUCCAUGGCUAUUCACAGGACCUGGUCAACCUUCUUGACGAGCUUCAACUCAAGAACACUGUCUACCUUGGUCACUCCAUGUCAGCCAUGAUUGGCUCCAUUGCUGCAACACAAAGACCGGACCUUUUCCAACACCUCAUCUUGCUCAGUGGCUCUCCAAGGUAUCUUAAUGAUAGUGGUUACUAUGGAGGGUCUGAGAGGUCACAGCUCAACACCCUCUUCAACACCAUGGAGAAGAACUACUCGAACUGGGUUCACAACUUCGCACCGGCAGCAGUUACCGUGAAUGACAAGGAAGCCAUAGCAGAGUUUGAGCAGAGCUUAGGAAGGAUGAACCCUAAGGUAGCUGUGGAUGUUGCCAAGGCUGUGUUUCUAGGGGACCUGAGAAGGGUUUUACCUAAAGUAACAGUGCCAUGCUCUCUGAUCCAAUCUAAAGAAGACUUAUUUGUCCCAGAGUUUGUGGGGCAUUACAUGAAGAAGAACCUUGGUGGGCCUACAAAGCUGAAGUUCCUCAAGGCUCAGGGGCAUUUCCCACAGCUCACCGCUUACCGUUUGCUCCUCAAGGCUUUGAAGAAGUUGCAUUUGAUUAGUGGGAUUAAUAAAUGCAGUCCUUCAUUGUUGUGAGUUGGUGAGGGUUUGUUUUUCCUUUUUUCUUAAUUGAGGGAGGUGAUCACGGUCUAAUAAAGCUUUGAUAUAUUUGUGUUGGUCAAUGCCUUCUGCCCCAAUUUACUGCUGGAUUGAACAUAAAUCAUAACUUCAUCAGAAACUGAUAAGACAUUGUCGUUUAUUAUAAUUGGAACAACAUACACUUACAAUAUGCAUAUGCAGCAGCAGCAACUUUCACCUGUUUGGAUGAAAAAGAGUGCUUCCUUUCCUUGUACCAUCCAAUCGGAGCAGAUACAGUGAGUAAUCUUGUAGUGCAAUAACCUCAUGCAUAAGUCAAUAAGAAUCCGCCACAUCAGCGCCUCCUUCUCUCUACUCGAAAAAACUUUAAUUUUUUUCCCUUAAUCUUUAACGGAUGAUUUCUCACUCGUUUUAAGUCGGAGUUGUGUCUGGUCGAAAUGAAAUACUAAUGAGGGAGAAAGAUAGGAAUAAGAUAGUGAAGUUAUAAAAUAAUAAUAAAUAUGAAUGAGUCCCACUAAUUCCAUCUCCAUAAAUCCAAUUCCUAUAACUUUUGAUAGGAAUUCUAAUUUUCAAUAUUGGGUCAAAUAGAAUUUAUUUUCCAACCUUUUUACCAUUCCAAACAUAGAAUAAUGAAAUAGAAUUGAAAAUGGAAUUCCAAUUACUGAAUUUUUUAUGCGGUAAACAGGCUGUAAGAGAAUGAAAGGCAGAAUUUUUGUUUUUUAUACUCAGUUUCUUCCCUUUUACAAUAGGAAAAGAACAAACUGCUACGUGUUGACAUCGGUGAAAUUCCAUACAAGUGGACAAUACAGUACAAUUUGCUGGAUGAAAACGAAAAGCAACUUUUCAGCUCAUAAAUAUAUGUCGGAAAUACUUAUUGAGCCUCAACCUCAAGCAUAACAAGAAAUAGAGGAGGAAAAGGGUCAAUGAAAUUUACCUUUGAAGUGCAACGUUGGUACCAACCACAACCAAUUGCUCUUCGUCAAAUAUUGUUGGGUACUACAAUUGGGGCCCAACAAAUAGCAGAUUGGGCCUCCAAGCAAUAGCAUUGGGGGCAAGGCCCAAGAAUAGAUUUGUGAAACCCUUCCAGGCCCAAGUAAGGUGAGGGGUGCAUGAGGACAAAACGCUAAUAGCCAAGAAGGGCACGCGGCAGGAGCCUGACAAGGUAGUUGGGAUAGCUGACAAAGAGAGUACAGGGCAGAGGUCGAAGGAGAUCAGACUAUCAGAUGGUCCACCACCUGCGGGCGCCUGUCACACGGCAGAGACCUGACAAGGUGGUUGGGAUGGCUGACAAAGGAGGUACACGGCAUUAAAUGAGGCAGUGACGU